AUGGAAUUCCAUGGUCUUGGUCUGCAGGAAUAUGAAGUAAUUGAAGAAGUGUUAGGAGAGAUGGGCCAGGUAUCAAAGCCCAGUACAGUAGAGGUGUUCAUUUGGGUUUGGGGAGAUGAUGAAACCACCAUCGACCUUGAUAAUGAAGACACUGAGCAUAUGGCACAUGGAACAUUAUUACUGGACAUCAAUAUGGACACCAUCAAAUCUAUGUUGAAGUGGGGGUUAGAGAAGAUUAGGGAUAGUCUUGUUGAAUUCUCCAAAAGAUUUGAUCCCAACACUGAUUGCACCAAACUCAAAGAAGCCAUUAUCAUGCUUCCCAUCAGGUGGAAGGAUUUCGUCAUAGCAUUGAAUAAUGGUGCAGAUGUGACUGCUUGGAAGAGGUACAAGGCAUGGCAUGAGAAGAUCAUCAAAGCUCGAGUGUUGAGUGGUCUGAGUAGCUCUCAUGGAUGCUCAAAGCAUAAGUGCACAAGUGCAUCUCUUCCCCCUCCUUUGAAAUGUGCAUUUAACUCAAACAAGUAG